GGACCGAAGGAACGCGGCCAUAUCCACCAACGAAGGAAACGAUGGCGAUGGUGAUGGUGAUGAUGAUGAUGGAGGAGGAGGAGGAAGAACAGGAAGAGGAGGAAGAAGAGGAGGAGGAGAAGAGGAGGAAAGACGACAGGAGGAAUGAUGAGCGUGGAAGUCUAAAGAUGAGGAUGAGGAUGAGGAUGAGGAUGAGGAUGAGGAUGAUGAUGAUGAUGAUGACGAUGAUGAUGGAAGAGGGGAGAGGGAAGAGGGAAGAGGAUGUGAAUGACAAUGUGAAGGUGGCGGUGAUAAUGAUAAUGAUGAUGAUGAUGACGAUGGAGGAGGAAGACACGGACGACGACAAAAACAAGAAAAGUGAGGAAGGAUGACAGUGAAAAUCUGAAGAUGAUGAUGAUGAUGAUGAUGAUGAUCGGGGAGGAGGCAAGAUAAUGAAUGCCAAGCAGAAAA